CGACCAUCCAUCCAGAUGCUGUGGCUGCUGUUCCUGUCCCUCCCCUGCCUGGGGGCCUCUGUGCCCGAAAUCCCAGCGCCUGCCCCCGAGAGGGAGUUGGUGGGCAUCGUGGGGGGUCACAAUGCCCCCCAGGGGAAGUGGCCGUGGCAGGUCAGCCUGAGAGUCUACGUUUACCGCUGGGCCUCCUGGGUGCACAUCUGCGGGGGCUCCCUCGUCCACCCCCAGUGGGUGCUGACUGCGGCCCACUGCAUCGGCCGGAAAGACGCCGACCCUUCAGCCUACCGGAUCCACGCCGGCAACGUGUAUCUGUACGGGGGCAGGACGCUGUUGAACGUGAGCCGCGUCAUCGUCCACCCCGACUACAUCUCUGCCUUUCUGGGGUUUGACCUGGCCCUGCUGAAGCUGGCUACCCCCGUGACAAUGUCCAGCAGGACUCGGCCGGUCACCCUGCCCCUGCAGAGCCUGGAUUUCAGCCCGGAGGACGAGUGUUGGCUGACAAGCUGGGGCAGGGGCUUCUACUUCGAGCCGCUGAGCCCCCCCUACCGCCUGCAGCAGGUGCAAAUCCCACUGGAAGAGGAGGGGGCCUGUGAGCAAGGUUACCAGAGGUUCCUGCACACCAGAGCCAAUGGCAAGGUCAUCCCGGAGGACAUGCUGUGUGCCGGCACUCAGGGCCGCGGUCCCUGCACGGGGGACUCCGGGGGCCCCCUGGUCUGCAAGAAAAAAGGCGCGUGGGUCCAGGUGGGCGUGGUCAGCUGGGGCAUCGGCUGCUCCACGUACGAGCUGCCCGCCGUCUUCACAAACGUCCAGAGCCACGUGGACUGGAUCCGACAGCAGCUGCGGAGGCGCCGGUGAGCCCAGGCUGCAGGACGGCGCUUCUUCCGCCGCGUCACCUCCCCAGAGCGAGCCUUCCGCGCCACUCCCCUCCCCUCCCUGCGGCUUCAGCCCUCCCCUCUCCUGCCCCUCCCUCGGCCGGCCGCAUCCUUCCCCGGCCAGUGGGGACCGGCAGGGUGGAGGCCCCGACGGGGCUGGUGUGCUUGUCUCAUUAAACUGUCUUGGUAAA